CUCUCUCCAUCUCCAAGUAACACAAUAAGAAAACAGAGCAAAAACAGAGAGAUUACGAUGUUUUUCUCUAAGGAUCUUCCUUCACCUACUUCAGUUUUCACAGCUUACGCAUCAAUGGCGGGUUACAUGAUGAUGAUACGAUCAAUGGCUCACGAGCUAAUCCCAGCUCCAAUCCAAGAUUUCAUCUACAGGACUCUCCGGUCUCUCUUCUUCCGUACUUCUUCCUCCACUUUGACUCUCACCAUCGACGACGACAACAUGGGCAUGAACAACGAGAUCUACCGAGCUGCUCAGACUUAUCUCUCCACCAAGAUCAGUCCUGACGCAGUCAGGCUCAGAAUCAGUAAGGGCCAUAAGGAUAAACAUGUCAAUCUGUAUCUCAGCGACGGAGAAAUCGUCAACGAUGUGUACGAAGAUGUCCAGCUAGUGUGGAGGUUUGUUACAGACGGUGGAGACAAGAAAAGCGGUGGCGGAGGAGUAGGAGGAAGAGGAGGAGGAGGAGGAAGAAGAGGCGGUAUGGACGAUGACGGUAGAAGCGAGUAUUUCGAGCUGAGUUUCGACAAGAAGCAUAAAGAUUUGAUCUUGAGCUCUUACGUGCCUUACAUCGAGAGUAAAGCUAAAGAGAUUAGAGACGAGAGGAGAAUCUUGAUGUUGCAUUCUCUCAACAGUCUUAGAUGGGAAUCAGUUAUUCUUGAACAUCCUUCGACCUUUGAGACAAUGGCUAUGGAAGAUGAUCUCAAACGUGACGUCAUCGAGGAUCUUGAUCGGUUCAUAAGAAGGAAAGAGUUUUACAAGAGAGUAGGGAAAGCUUGGAAGAGGGGUUACUUGUUGUACGGACCACCGGGUACUGGGAAGUCUAGUCUGGUUGCAGCCAUGGCUAAUUACCUCAAGUUUGAUGUUUAUGAUCUUCAGCUAGCCAGUGUGAUGCGUGACUCUGAUCUAAGGAGGCUCUUACUCGCGACACGUAACCGGUCGAUUCUUGUCAUAGAAGAUAUCGAUUGUGCAGUGGAUUUGCCUAACAGAGUGGAGCAGCCUGUUGAAGGCAAGCACCGUGGCGAGUCUCAGGGACCAUUGACGUUAUCGGGGCUGCUGAAUUUCAUAGACGGACUAUGGUCAAGCUGUGGAGACGAACGGAUUAUAAUAUUCACAACAAACCACAAAGAUAGGCUUGACCCGGCAUUGCUUAGACCAGGACGUAUGGAUAUGCACAUUUACAUGGGACAUUGCUCUUUUCAAGGAUUCAAGACUUUAGCUUCUAACUAUUUGGGUUUGAACGACUCUACAAUGCCACACCGUCUCUUUCCAGAGAUCGAGCGUUUGAUUGACGGGGAAGUAAUGACCCCGGCACAAGUAGCAGAGGAGCUGAUGAAGAGCGAGGAUGCUGACGUGGCGCUAGAGGGUUUGGUGAAUGUUUUAGAGAAAAUGAGGUUAAAAUCUGAGGAAUCUAACCCGGUGAUGAUGAAGAAGAAAGAGAGUAGACUGGAGUUGGAGGAGAUAAGAUUAAGGAGUGAUACUGAGGGUUCUCCGAGGAAGAACAGCAAAAGAUUUAAGAAACUUGUUCUGUUUUGGACCUAAUCGUGUGUUAUUAUGGUCCAUUAGUUCAAAUAAGAUUAUGAGGAAACAAAAAUAGACGUAAAAAGUUUGGAAAUCUCUGAGAUGAUUUAUUUAAGUUGAGUGUUUUUUUUAAAGAAAUUUCUAUGUUUAUUUGGUAGGGUUGUGAUUCAUUGUAAGACCUAUUAAGAAAUAUGGAACUUUAGU